ACAUGGUCCUGUUGGCUAAACAUGAGUGAGGUGCAUUACUGAUUGAAUUGAUAAAUCUAAACUGUGACGGUUCAGAAACUGGUGGUAAUUAAAAACUAGACGAACAUUUAAACCUGUGAUGUGCUAUUAGUUAAAAACUAGUAAAACCGUAAAAAUGGCGACGAUCUGCUUCCGACCGCCGCCUCUUCCGCCCAGCAAAAAGUCCUCCCAAUUCGCGAACGCCGGCCGGCAAAGGCCCAAGCAAAACUACGGUCUGCUCUCGUCCACGUACCUGAGCUUCCGCGAAUCCUCCGACGACGCGCUCGCCGAGAGGAGCAAGGAGACGAGACCGGGCGCGGGAAAGCGAUCCAGGAAAUUGGCGCAUACGAAUUCGCUAAUCAGGAAAAAGGAAGCGCCGCUGGUGCUGACUAGGAGCCAAUCGGACGGGAACAUCGACAGGCAGGGCACGUCGCCGUUGAGUAUCAAUAGAUACAUGAGGGUGCUCAGCGGGAGCUGGAAAAAUCUACUGAACCUAGGCGGAAUGUCGCGGCCACCGAAGCCAGCGGCGACCGCGAAGAAAGUGCCGCCUCCCGCCGUUCCGCACGAAUUUAGACACUCCGGUAGCUCCUUCGGAUCCGCUGGAUACGCUAGCUCGGAGGACGCUGGACUGCUGGUUCCGUCCGAAGCUUCCGGCAUGCCCAGAGAUGACCAUUCCGAUUAUGGGAGCACCGUGAGCGGGAGUACCGGGAAAUCACCGGGUCCCAUGUUUCCGGCGCCUUCCUUCACGUUUCCGGGACAAAUUCCGUCUGGAACAGUGCUGACUCAUAAAGCGGCCGUUUAUUACCACCACCAGCUAAGUUUGCAGGAGGAUCAGGGUAUCGAUAUGACGCAAAGUCCUGGAAGAGACAGUCCGGGUUCGUCGAGCGGUAGCGCAGGAUCCGGCUCCAGACACAGUACAGCAUCUCUAGACAGCGGCAGGGCGUCGUACCAUCCCCUCAGCACAGCAGGUCGGAGUACCAUCGGUUCCUCGAAUAGCCCGCGCUGUUCCUUGAGUUCCUGCUCGAUCGGAUCGGAUCAGAGCAGGAUCGAAAGAAUGAUCCAUCAGGGAGCUCCGGAUCAAGAAAUCAUUCAUUCCUGGUUGAUGGAUUUGAAAUUCGAGGAGUACUUUCCGCUGUUUAUAUCUGCGGGCUACGAUCUGCCCACCAUCGGAAGGAUGACUCCCGAGGAUUUGACCGCCAUAGGAAUUAAAAAGCCGAACCACAGGAAACGAUUGAAAGCAGAAAUCGCGCAGUUUAAUCUUCCUGAUAACUUGCCCGAAUUCAUACCGGGUUCCUUGGAGGAAUGGUUGAAUUUAUUGAGACUAGACGAAUAUUUGCCGGCAUUUUUGGAGCAAAACUACCAAACCGUCGACGAUGUCACCCAGCUGACGUGGGAGGAUUUAGAAGAAUUCGGAAUAGUUAAACUAGGCCAUCAGAAAAAAAUUAUGUUAGCGAUUAAAAGAAUUAAGGACAUCCAGUCGGGCAAAAGGAUACAUUCGGACGCGAAUAGAAUAUACGCAACCCAAGAAGUGCUGGUGCACGCGCCCAUGGACCUUCCAUCGUCCGGUGUACCCGUACCCCCAGUCCACAGCACUUUCCGCUCUUUCCACCAGCCUUGGGAGAUCGACCAGACGAGACAGCUGCAAGCGGGACCACACUACGUUCAACCAUUGUUUUGCACUGACAUAGUUCCUAUCAAGAUAAGAACGGGACGAGGAAAAUCGCUGGAAUCUUUGGAGGAUCCGAACGAGAGAACACACCACACGUUUUCGGCGGAAAACACGCAAACUUUUUACUGUCAACAGCCGCUAGGAUGGCGCAUUCGAUCCUACGAGGACGGCGACAUCACUCCAACAAACGAAACGGGGCUAUUAUACGAAGGUGGCGGAACGUUGCCCAGACCGCGGGGCAUCAUACGGCCCAGACCGAUAGCGAAAAUAUCAGCGAAAGCCUGCGAACCGUUCCCCGAUUUCGAGAAACCCCAAUUCAAUCCCGAGAAAUACGCCAAUCCGCAAUACAAACGAUUACCGAGCGACUUGAUCGAAGUCAACGACUAUCACAUGCAAUACGGCAGCCCGCUGAUGGGGAAGAAGAUCCCGCCGAAUCCGCCCAAGCGGCAGGACAGCGAGUGCAACGAGCAAACGACCACCGUGGAAAUCCAUCACGUCCAAACGUCUAGUCCCCUGCCGCUGCCGGCUUAUCCCAGCUCCGAUAGUCUUAGCAUAACCCUAGACAACCAAGGCGACCUUCCGUUGCCGCCGCCCCCGGCCCCGGGCACGCCGCCCGGCCACUCGCAAUGCAAACUCAACACGUCCCAAUCGUGGAGCGUCGAGGAACAAGAGCUCAUAAAAACGUUGGCGCUGCAGCACAGAAACGGUUCCGAUGCAAGUUUUAAGUCGAGUUCCAGCACCGAGUCCGAUUCGCUGCCGUUCGCCAACGAGAACGCCGGAACGAUAAGAACGCGCGCCAGCGGCAGGCAGGCGGAGUUCUCGUCGCCGAAGCCGCGCGCCGGCCUGCCCCCGCAUCCGUCCCCAACGCCUAAUAGACAGCAACCAAGUGCCCGAAACCAGAGAGCGGAACCGGUGGAUGUUCUGAACGACAUAGGAAAUAUGCUAGCCAAUCUCACGGACGAGUUGGACGCGAUGUUGGAAGAGGAGAAGCGGCAACAGUAAUUCACGUUGUACAAGACUGAACAUCAAAAUAAUGAUUUGUCGAAAUAUACUUAAUUUGAGGUCAGAAUUUUAUGUGGCGAUUUACUUAUCCAUUCGAUUUGGUUCUUUUUAUUGAGUACGUUUGAAGUGUUAUUUUAUGAUUGUAAAUAUUUUUUAGAUAAAAGAAUACCUAUGUAAUUUAAAAUAUUUGGAACUAUUGCGUAUUUUUAAGAAUUUAUUUUGUCGUCUACUAGAAUUUUACAAGUCCAAAAAAUUGUGAUCUCUUAUGGAAUCAUUUGAAUAUGUUUUCUUAAUGAAUUUUGUAGGAAAAGGAACUGUAACGAAGAAAAUCUACGAAGAAACAGAGCCGAAAGAGAAGCUAAAAAGUUAGUCUAGAAUUUUCAAUUGGGUUCUAUCCAAUUACAUAAAAUAUAACAGUUCAAAUAAAUGUUUUCCAUCUUUACCGAUGCUGAUUGCUAAAUAAUAAAGGAAACUGCUUGCCCUGACAAGAGCAUAUUCUAGCUUCAUUGCUACAUAAAAAAUACAUUUUGCUUAAAGUUUGGCAAUUUUGGUAUAAAACUUUUAAAAAAUCUUAACACGAUUUUUGCCCGCUAUACUAUCCAUUUCCAUCGUCUUUCGGCUCUGCACAGUUGCACUUCAUAUCUGUAUUCACUUGUGUGUAAAAUGUUUUAAAACAAAAAAGUUAAAUCAAAAUCGUGUCGCAAAAACACUAAUUUCUAUUAGUUGUUAGCUGUUACUUUAUCUUAUUUUAUCUGUUGUUUAAACGUUAUAUAUGAAAUUGUAAAUAGAUAGAUCUUGUAUCGAUUUUUAGUGGAUACAGAACGAUUACAAAAAAUUAAUGAAUUAGGUACUUUUGUAAAUUAAUCUUUUAGUAUACGAAUCUAGAUAAUUUCGUACUAGAUUUGGUGUUUCCUUAAGAUUGGCCAUUUUAUUUCGGUUUAACAUUGAAUUUCUUUUUAAAUAAUUUGACAAGACUGAUAAUAGAGGUUCUUUUUAUGGGGGUGCACUUUAACUUAAAGUGCCUGGCGCUAUUUCAGUUUCCGGUGUACAUUUAAAUAAUAUGUAAAAUUUUUGUUUAAUCUUACCAUUUAUAUUUGCCAUUUUUUGCGAAUUAAUUGAUACAAAAUAAUGUUAUCAAUGUGCUCCUAUAGUUUAUAUACUUAUGUUGUUAACUGUCAUAGCAUUUUUCAUAAUAUAGCUGUUAAUAUGACUUUGAUAUUUCUUUAUUAUUUUAUUUUAAAUACAUUUAACUGUUAACAGUAUAGAUUAAAUAAUAAAAUUCCUAUUAUAUAUUACCCGAUUGUUUUAUUUGUCGUUCAUUAUAGACUUUAUGUAGCAAUACGGAGAAAUAUAAUAUAGUAGAAAUUGCUUGAUCAACAAUUAAAUAUAAAAAAUACGCACCUAAGCGUCAUCUAUCCAAAAGAAUUUCCUUUUCUUGGAUCUCAAAACCUGUCUACAUUCAGUUUCAAAUGAACUAUCUGCAAAUGCUAAUUUCGAUGUCUUCUUCGGACCGUUUUUCACAAGGGGUACUGGAGGGUUGAAGGCCAUUUCGGACAUAUCGAACUCCACACAUAAUUCUUC